CGCGCCUGCCUCUAUUUCCGUAGAGGUCGAACGCGUGUGCCAGCGAGAGCAGUCCGACGUGUUCGAAGAUUUCACUGCGGCUUAGACUUCAGCCGGACGGGGUCUGGCCUGCCUUGUCCCCGGCGUGUGACACUAAACCUGGCACUCCACGCCGGACUCUCAGUCACCUGAUUGGACUUUCGCUAUACACCUAGAUUAGUAACAGAAAAGACGUGAAUGAGUGUUUUUCCAUUUGGGAAAUAAAAAGAAGUGAUAAAUUCUGUGUCCAGUAAAUAGCAACAGACGUAUUUUCUUUAUUAUUUUAUAUUAAAAUAUAAUUAAAAAGGACUACAGUAGCCCCAUCGCGGUUUCAUUGGUGAACUAUCUAGGCAAUUUUUAGGGACCCAACGUGCGUGUUUGAAGAUUGAUUCGAUAUUUAAGAGAAAAAAAUACAAUUUUUUCACGCGGAACGUGGUCGAGUUAUAAUUCGUCGAAGAUUUUCGAACAGUGUAAUUUUGCAAUUUAUAUUUAGUGAAGGUGUUACGAGUCUAGAUCGGUAAAAAUGCAUCCCUCGCGUGCUAGACACGCGUUAGUCAAACAUAGGAACGUGUUGCAAGUGUACCAUGUUGCGAGAAGAUGUUUUGGCACCGAUGUCCAGUACAAGCCAAUCAGGAGCGUCCUUGUUGCCAAUCGAGGAGAAAUCGCCAUCCGCGUGUUCCGAGCAUGUACCGAGCUCGGAAUCCGUUCCGUGGCCAUUUAUUCGGAACAAGACAAGAUGCAAAUGCACAGACAAAAGGCUGACGAGGGCUACAUGAUUGGCAGAGGGCUUCCACCUGUACAGGCUUACUUGAAUAUUCCAGAAAUUAUCAAAGUCGCGAAGGAAAAUGACGUUGAUGCUAUUCAUCCCGGUUAUGGCUUCCUGUCUGAGCGAUCAGAUUUCGCGGAGGCAAUAAUAAAUGCUGGAAUAAGAUUCAUCGGUCCCAGCCCGAAAGUCGUGCAGCAAAUGGGUGACAAAGUAGCUGCAAGGCAGGCCGCAAUAGAUGCAGGAGUGCCAAUUGUUCCUGGAACAGAUGGACCAGUGACCACGUCCGACGAGGCAAUGGAGUUUUGUAUGAAACAUGGACUUCCGGUCAUCUUCAAGGCCGCUUAUGGAGGCGGUGGAAGAGGAAUGAGAGUGGUAAGACAAAUGGAGGAGGUCCGAGAAAUGUUCGACCGUGCCUCUUCGGAAGCUGCGGCCGCUUUCGGAAACGGAGCGAUGUUCAUUGAGAAGUUCAUUGAGAGACCGAGGCACAUCGAAGUCCAACUGUUGGGAGAUAAAGCUGGCAAUGUCGUUCAUCUUUACGAACGCGAUUGUUCUGUGCAACGUCGUCAUCAAAAGGUCGUCGAAAUUGCUCCUGCGCCACGAUUAGACACCAAGGUUAGGAACAAGAUGACGGACCACGCUGUGAGAUUGGCGAAACACGUUGGAUACUCGAACGCUGGUACAGUCGAAUUUUUGGCCGACGAGUCCGGAAAUUUCUACUUCAUCGAGGUCAACGCUAGGCUGCAAGUCGAACACACUGUUACGGAAGAGAUCACUGGAAUCGACUUGGUGCAAUCUCAAAUCCGUAUUGCCGAGGGUAUGACGUUACCCGAGCUGGGUAUGACGCAGGAAAAGAUCGUUCCUCAAGGUUUCGCGAUACAAUGCCGUGUUACAACGGAAGAUCCUGCGAAGAGCUUCCAACCGGAUACCGGAAGAAUCGAAGUGUUCCGUUCUGGAGAAGGUAUGGGUAUUCGGUUGGACAGCGCCUCUGCGUUCGCUGGUGCCAUCAUCUCGCCUUACUAUGAUUCGCUUCUGGUCAAGGUAAUAGCUCACGCAGGCGACCUACAAUCAUCCUGUGCAAAGAUGAACCGCGCUCUCCGUGAGUUCCGUGUUCGCGGAGUGAAAACCAACAUCCCAUUCCUGUUGAACGUAUUGGAGAAUCAGAAGUUCCUCAAUGGGAACGUCGACACGUACUUCAUCGACGAGAAUCCUCAGCUGUUCCAGUUCCAGCCUAGUCAGAACCGUGCCCAGAAGCUGUUGAACUACCUCGGUUCGGUCCUCGUGAAUGGACCGAGCACUCCACUGGCAACACCGUUGAAACCAGCUGAGAUAAAGCCUCACAUUCCUCAAAUCGCUUUAGACUUUGCUAAGCUUGCAGCUGCAGAAGAGAUCAAUGAUCCAGAUAUGCCAGACGUAAUGGAACCACCGAAAGGCUUCCGACACAUCUACAAAGAGCAAGGGCCAGAAGCCUUCGCCAAGGCAGUCAGACAGCACAAAGGGUUACUCCUGAUGGACACCACGUUCCGUGAUGCUCAUCAAUCACUCCUAGCGACCCGUGUCAGGUCGCACGAUCUUCUAACGAUCUCUCCUCUCGUCGCGCACAAGUUCAGCAACUUGUACUCCCUAGAGAACUGGGGUGGCGCCACCUUCGACGUGGCGCUCAGGUUCCUACACGAGUGUCCCUGGGAGCGGUUAGAAAAUAUGCGAAAGGCGAUACCGAACAUUCCCUUCCAGAUGCUUCUCAGAGGGGCCAAUGCCGUGGGUUACACCAAUUAUCCGGACAAUGUCGUGUUCAAAUUCUGCGAGCUGGCUGUGCAGACUGGAAUGGACGUAUUCAGGGUGUUCGAUUCGUUGAAUUAUCUGCCGAACUUAAUUCUUGGCAUGGAGGCAGCUGGCAAAGCCGGAGGUAUAGUCGAAGCUGCAAUUUCGUACACGGGUGAUGUCAGCAAUCCCAACAAAAAGAAGUACGAUCUGAAGUAUUACACGAACCUGGCGGACGAGCUGAUGAAGGCUGGCACUCACGUGCUGUCGAUCAAGGAUAUGGCAGGUCUUUUGAAGCCAAAGGCAGCUGCUAUGCUGAUAGACGCGAUUAGACAGAAGCACCCUGACGUUCCCAUCCACGUUCACACGCAUGACACCGCGGGGGCUGGAGUGGCGUCGAUGUUGGCCUGUGCAGAAAACGGAGCUGAUGUCGUUGACGUUGCCGUUGACAGCAUGUCUGGCAUGACGAGUCAACCAUCUAUGGGUGCCGUGGUGGCCUCUCUAAUUGGAACCGACAAGGACACCAAACUCAACCUCGAUGAUAUCUCGGAGUAUUCUGCAUACUGGGAGCAGACCAGGACUCUCUAUGCUCCAUUCGAGUGCACAACCACCAUGAAAUCCGGAAACGCGGAUGUCUACCUCAACGAAAUCCCUGGAGGCCAGUACACCAACUUGCAAUUCCAAGCCUACUCGUUAGGUUUGGGAGAAUUCUUCGAAGACGUGAAGAAAGCUUACAGAGAAGCCAAUCUGCUGCUUGGUGACAUCAUCAAAGUCACUCCCAGCUCGAAGGUCGUUGGCGAUCUGGCACAGUUCAUGGUUCAGAAUAAGCUUAAGUCUGAGGAUGUCCUGAACAAGGCUGAGGAAUUGUCCUUCCCUAAAUCGGUAGUAGAGUUUCUGCAAGGUGCUAUAGGUGAACCCUAUGGAGGCUUCCCUGAACCCCUUAGGUCGAAGGUAUUGAAAGACAUGCCACGCGUGAAAGGAAGACCAGGUGCAAGUUUGCCACCAUUAGAUUUCGCUGAACUUAAGUCUCAAUUACAAGAGUCUCAUCCUCAUAUCACGGACGAGGACAUCAUGUCAGCUGCCCUGUAUCCUACAGUUACGAACGAUUACUUGAACUUCCGUGAUCAGUAUGGACCAGUGGAUAAAUUGGAGACUAGAAUCUUCUUGACAGGACCAAAAGUCGGGGAAGAGUUCGACGUGACGAUCGAGAAGGGUAAAACCUUGGCCAUCAAAACUCUGGCUGUUGCUGAAGAUCUGACAAAGAAUGGAGAGCGCGAGGUGUUCUUCGAAAUGAAUGGACAACUUAGAUCAGUGUUCAUUAAGGACAAAGAGGCCGUUAAGGAGCUUCAUGUACAUCCCAAAGCUGCCAAAGGAGACAAAAACCAGGUUGGUGCACCAAUGCCUGGCACUGUAAUUGACAUAAGAGUGGCAGUUGGUGACACAGUUGAAAAAGGAGCACCACUAGUCGUGUUAUCUGCUAUGAAGAUGGAAAUGGUGGUUCAGGCACCAAAAGCUGGGAAAAUCAAAACGCUUGAAGUCACUCAGGGAAUGAGAUUAGAAGGAGACGAUCUGGUCUUAACCCUCGAAUAGAACUCUCAACCAUCCUAGACUAAAAUGUCUUUGAAAUAGUGUUGUCGUAUACGUUCUUUCAGAUAAGAGUGCAUUUUGUUCAAUUAAUCAAAACUGAACAUCGUUGCCUAAAGAAAUAAUAAUCACUCGUGUCAAAAUUUAUAGAGUAUAGAAAUUGUAUACUAUUUACAUUUAAAUGAUA